GAGCUGCAACGCACGAGAGCCGAUUUCGAGGUUGAGCUGAGCAAGGCGCAACGCGCUCGAGACCGAGCAGUCCUACAGGCCGGCAGCGAAGUUGAAGAACUCCGAGCCCGUCUGGUGCGCACGGAGCGUCGGGCCAACGAGGCCGAGGAGGCGUGUGUCCAGGCCGUGGCCAGGGCCGAGGAGGCCAUACAGGCGGCCUCGGCUCGGGUCCAGUUGGCCGGUGGGGAGGCUGGAGCCGGAGCGAGUCUGGCGGCCGGCCAGGCCGGAACCGGGGCCGGGGCUGUAGUCCCCGUGGACACGACAGAACAGGAGACCAGCACUCGCCGACUCGUGGAGGAGAAGUUGCGAUUGUGCAACCAACUGACGGCCAUCCAAAGGUUGGUACCUCUCACGACCCUCCAACCUAGACCCUUUGGGGAGUUCGGAGUCGUCAUAGUCCUUCUAAUGUUCCCAGAGUUCUCAGCCGUUUUGGGCUUUUUGAAGCCUGAUUUGGACCCAACUUAG